AAAAACCUCAUAAUUCCCUUCCCUCUUGUUUUUGGUCUGAGAAUUCCUUCCCUGCUCUCUCUCUCUCUCUCUAAAUGGGUAUGGGGGUGAUGGGUUGCUGCACUUUCUCGUCGGACGACAUUGUAAUAAAGUCUCCUAAUGAUAAACGACUCUACAGAGUGAUUAAGCUUGAGAAUGGCCUUACUGCAUUGCUCAUUCACGAUCCUCAGGUCUACCCACAAGGACCACCCCACCACUCCUCCGACCUUGAACAACAACAACAACAAGAUAGUGAAGCUGUAGAAGAAGAAGAAGAAGAAGAGGAAGAAGAAGAGGAAGAGGAAGGUGAAGUUAAAAGGAAGGAAGAGGAGGGUGCUUCUGAGACUAAGAAGGCAGCAGCAGCAAUGUGUGUCGGAAUAGGCAGCUUCUCUGACCCUCUCGAGGCUCAGGGGCUUGCACAUUUUCUAGAACACAUGCUGUUCAUGGGGAGUACAAAGUUCCCAGAUGAAAAUGAGUAUGCUAGUUACUUGUCCAAGCAUGGAGGGUCGUCAAAUGCAUAUACAGAAGCAGAACAUACUUGCUACUACUUUAAUGUGAAACAAGAAUUUCUUAUGGGUGCCUUGAAAAGAUUUUCUCAGUUCUUUGUUUCACCUCUAAUGAAAAGUGAAGCCAUGGAGAGAGAGGUUCAGGCUAUAGAUUCAGAGUUUAAAACGGUUCUGCAAAACGAUUUCUCCCGCCUUCGACAACUUCAGGGCCAUACAUCCUCACCUGGUCACCCAUUUAAUAAAUUCUCUUGGGGAAAUAAGAAGAGCUUGGAUGAUGCAAAGGAAAAAGGGAUAAACUUGCAGGAACGAAUACUAAAAUUGUACAGAGACUAUUACCACGGUGGAUUAAUGAAGCUAGUUGUCAUUGGUGGAGAAUCUCUUGAUGUACUUGAGCACUGGGUUUUGGAAUUGUUUGGAGAUGUCAAAAAAGGUCCCCAAGUAAAUCUGGAGUUCAAGGCAGAAGGUCCUAUUUGGAAAGCUGGAAAACUUUACAGGCUAGAGGCUGUUGACGAUGUUCAUAUACUCCACCUAGCAUGGACACUUCCAUGUCUUCAAGAACACUAUUUGAAGAAACCAGAAGAUUACUUGAGUCAUCUGCUUGGGCAUGAGGGCAGGGGAAGUUUGCAUUUCUACCUGAAAGCUAGAGGGUGGGUAACAUCUUUAGAUACUUGUUUGAGCGGGAUGGACUGCUCUUCUGUGGCUUAUAUCUUUUGCAUGGUCAUAUACCUCACUGACUCUGGAUUGGAGAAGAUUUUUGAAAUAAUUGGGUUCGUGUAUCAAUACAUUGAGUUAUUGCGUCAAAUGUUGCCACAAGAAUGGAUAUUUCGGGAACUUCAGGAUAUUGGGAACAUGGACUUUAGAUUUGCAGAGGAGCAGGAUCAGGAUGAUUAUGCUUCUCAACUUGCAGAAAAUUUACUAUAUUAUGCAACAGAGCAUGUUAUUUAUGGGGACUAUGUGAACGAGAGUUGGGACCAGGAAUUGAUAGAAUAUGUUCUUGGUUUCUUCAGACCAGAAAACAUGAGGAUUGAUGUGAUAUCAAAGUCCUUAUUUAAGUCAGAAGAUUUCCAGUGUGAGCCUUGGUUUGGAUCACAUUAUACUGAGGAAGAUGUAUCUCCAUCUUUAAUAAAUUUAUGGAAGAAUCCUCAAGAAAUUAGUGUUUCAUUGCAUCUGCCAGCAAAGAAUGAUUUCAUUCCUCGUGAUUUCUCCAUCCGUUCUGAUGUUUUGUGCAUUGAUACUGCAACGACAUCUUGUCCGAGAUGUAUACUUGAUGAACCAUUGAUGCAGUUUUGGUACAAGCUCGACAAUACAUUUAAACUUCCACAUGUAAAUACAUAUUUCCGCAUCAAUCUGAAGGGUGCAUGUGAUGAUGUGAAGAGUUGUGUUUUGACUAGCUUAUACCUUGACCUUCUCACAGAUCAGCUGAAUGAGAUCCUCUAUGAGGCCUGUGUUGCCAGCCUGGGAACUUCUUUUUCUCUGUCUCUGGACAAACUGCAGUUAGAGGUAUACGGUUUCAAUGAUAAGCUUCCAGCUCUGUUGUCAAAAAUUUUGGAAACAGUAAAAAGUUUCUUGCCAACUGAUGAUCGUUUUGAGGUUUUUAAAGAAGACAUGGAGAGAGCAUAUACGAACGCCAAUAUGGAUCCUUGGAGUUACUCAACAUACUUGAGAGAUCAAGUUCUGUUGAAGAAAUUCUAUACCAUAGAUGAGCAGUCGCAUGUUUUGAAGGGAUUGUCUGUUUCUGAUCUGAAGUCUUUCAUUCCUGAGAUUUUUUCCCAGCUAUACAUUGAGGGCCUUUUGCAUGGCAACUUGUCAGAAGAAGAAGCUAUCAGUCUUGCAAAAUUAUUUCAAACAAAUUUUACUGUACCACCACUUCCUAGCGAGUUGGUGUAUAGAGACAAUUGUAUCUGUCUUCCUCCAAAUGCUAACCUCAUUAGAGAUGCUACUGUGAAGAACAAGUCAGAAACAAACUCUGUGACUGAGCUGUAUUUUCAAAUUGAGCAAGCAGUGAAGAUUGAGUCCAUCAGACUAAAAGUAUUGAUUGAUCUUUUUCAUGAAAUUGUACAGGAACCACUUUUUAAUCAACUAAGGACAAAGGAGCAGCUUGGGUAUGUUGUUCUCUGUGGCCGGAAUCAUACAUGCAAUGUUUUUGGCUUCUAUUUCUGUGUUCAGUCGUCCGAGUACAACCCGAUCCACCUUCAAGGCAGACUGGACAACUUUAUCGAUGGUCUGGAAGAGUUGUUGGAAGGACUGGAAGAUGAUUCCUUUGAGAAUUAUAAAGGUGGACUAAUGGCAAAGAUUCUGGAGAAAGAUGCAUCCCUCACAUGUGAAACCAAUCGAUUGUGGACUCAGAUUCUUGCUAAAUGGUACAAGUUUGACUAUUCGAAAAAGGCUGCAGAACAACUCAGAAGCGUUCAGAAGGAGGAUGUUACCAAAUUUUACAAGACCUAUUUGCAACAAUCAUCUCCAAAGCGUCGAAGACUUGCAACUCGUGUUUGGGGUUGCAACACAGACUUGAAAGAAGCUGAAGAAGCGCGACCGGAGUCUGUGCAAGUCAUUGAAGACCUUGCGGCCUUUAAGAUGUCGUCCAAGUUUUAUGAUCGCAAAAGAUGUCAAAAAGUGACUCCUCUAAAUUGUUGAUAGAUAUUGAACCACUAGGUAGUUUGAUAUUGCUAGGAAUGGCCUAGUUCUCAGUUUUAACCAUGAUAAUGUAUUCAGGCAGAUGAAAAGGAAAUGGAAAAAUACUUGCGACUACAUUGAGGUUUUUUUUUUUUUUGAGAAGACUACAUUGAGAUUAUAAAUAGUGUUCAGUCUUUUCUGGGCUGAUCCAUUUAACUUUUGCAGUUGA